CAACUCCAAGAACAAGAUAUCGCCAUGAAAUGUAGAGAGUCCCAGCAAGAAUUCAAACCUUAUGCACUUACCAUACAGAAAGAAGUAGUCAAACUGAAGGAUACCAGUGAAAAUGAAGAGAGUAAUAGUGACUGUACUGAAAGUUAUGAUUUUAUUGAUGAAGAUGAGGAUUUCAUUGAUGAUGAAGAUGAGGAUUUCAUUGAUGAUGAAGAAGACUUUACUGAGGAUGAAGAUGAGGAUUUUUCAGAUGAUGAGGACAGUGAUUACAGUGAAGAUACUGAUGAUGAACAGUAGUUUGUUUUCUGUAUGGUGUAUAGAAUCAGAGAUUUCCAAUUUUUAGCCUAACAAAAACGAAUUAAAAUACCAUUGGCAUAUUACGUCUAAGUCUUAAAUGCAAAAAAAGGAAAAUGAUAUAUGAUUAUGGGUUUUAGUAUUCAUGACUGAUUUCCCAAUUUUCUAGUUGUUUGAAAGUGGGUAGUUUUCGUGGUAUAUAUUGCUCAAAUGUAGAUUCUGUGGAACACAGUAAGGAAUCUUUACUAAUUUGAAGCACGAUUACGGUAGUUGACUGAAUAGGAACCUAGUUUCCUGUAGAGAGUCUGAUAAUAUAG